AUGGAUUGUGGUGAAUUCAAGCUGAUUCCACUGGUUGAACGAACAGAUCUGUGUGCAGAUGUGAUUUCGCUUCUCAAUCAAGAAUGGCCACGCAGUGUAGCGGCUCGAGAGCACAGUAUAUCGAAAUCUUUGAAUCAUUCGCCUCCGAUGUCAUUCGUUCUAAUUGAACGAAACACAGGAAUAUUAAUGGGUCAUGCACGGUUAUGCACAUUACCGAAUGAAGAACAAGGAUGCUGGAUUGAAUCUGUUAUUGUUGAUAGAAGCAUGCGUAAUCGAGGAUUAGGUCGUCAUAUCAUGCGGUUGCUUGAGACUGCUGCUAAAUCGUUCAGCUUCAAUAAGUGCUAUUUAUCAACGGAGGAUAAGCAAAGAUUCUACGAAAAAUGUGGCUAUGAGUGUUGUGAACCCAUUCUCAAUGUUGGUGCAAAUACGAUGCUGUUGAAAAACCAUAAUUUGACUGGAUUGUUGUGCGGAUCACAGCCACAGUAUGGAGGAGUAGAUCGUAAAGGUGUCGUCAGGAGUGGUACUGUUACGCGGCAAUCGCCAGAUGUUAAUGACAUUACCAUUAUAAAAGCUGGUACUCCUCCCCCUCCACCNCCUCCACCCUUGUUCAAUAGCAGUGCACGACUUCAUUCAUCAUCAGCUGAUAAUACGAAAAGAACGCAAUAUAUGUGCAAAAUAUUACAUUAG